AUGGGAAUCAGCGUUCUGCAGAGAAACAGAGCCAUAGGAUGUGUGUGUCCACAGGAGGAUUCUGAGGACAAGGAACUGGCUCACACCAUCAGUGAGGCUGGGAAGCUCCGGGCCCUGGAGUCAGCGAGUGGGACCUGGAGAGCAGAAGGUGUCAGUUCUAGUCCAAAAGCCAGUGCACUCGAGUCUGGAGGAGGGCCCACAUUUCAGCCUGAGUCUGAAGGCAGGAGAAGACUGUCCCUGCGUCCGGGCUCCUGGCCCGGCUGGGGGAGUUCCCUCUCGCUCAGCCUUUUGCUCUUUGUGGGCCUUCACCUGAUGGGACAAGGCCUACGUUCAAGGGCAGGCCUCUCGCUUUAUCCAGUCCACACACUCCAACACGAAGCUCCUCUAGAAACACAGAUAUACCCAGGGGAAUGUUGGAAUAAAUAUCUGGGCUCCCCGUGA